UAUCGUUAUUUUGAUUUUUUAUUUAGAGCAAAAAAUCUUAGAGGCAAUUGAAUUUUGCAAUUUUAUUGAAAUUGGUAGAUCAAAUAAAUAAAAAUGACUGAAUCCGCUAAUGAAAACCCUCUCAAUAUAGAUGGAAAUAAUUUCAAUUCAGAGAAGUAUUUAGAAUGCUUGAUGAAAUGUGCUACUCUCAAGCAAGUAAUGGAUAAAGAAGCUGAGGUAAUUACACAAAGUCAGUUUCUUCAAUCUGAAAUGCAAACAUUAGUUUAUGAGAAUUAUAAUAAGUUUAUAUCAGCUACAGAAACAGUUCGAAAAAUGAGGUCAGAUUUUCAGGUAAUGCAAGAAGAAAUGAACAAAUUGAGUGAGAACAUCAAUAACAUAACAACAUUUAGCUCUCAAAUAUCUGAAAAUCUUAAAGACAGUGGUAACUCAGUGAACAGAUUAUGCAAUACAAGACAGCUGCUAGAUAAAUUACAGUUUUUGUUUUUAUUACCUACUCAAUUAAACAAGUCAAUUGAAGCUGGCCGCUAUGCUGAUGCUGUUCAUGAUUAUACACAUGCACAAAGAGUGCUCCAAAAGUAUGGCAGCCAACCAUCUUUCAAAAGUAUACAAGUUGAAUGCCUAGAAAUUAUAGGCGAGUUGAAAAAGACUUUAAGAGAAAGAUUAUUGACACCUGAAACAUCCGCCUCUGAAUUAGCUGAGAGUGUAAGUCUACUACGACAAUUGCAAGAAACUGAUUCAUCACUACAGGACAUAUUUUUACAUUGUGCUGGGAGUCGUCUAGAUCAACAUUUGAAAAAAUUAAGUGAUUGUGUGGAUGAUAUGGAUAUAUUAGAAUGGGUAGAAAAAUGCAAUGACACUUUACUUGCUGAUCUAGGAAUAGUAAUUUCAUGCUAUGAUGAAAUGUUUCAAGAUCAAGAAAAUGCCAACCUUCCAGAAUUUGCGAACAAAGUUAUGUCUCAAGUUUUUUGCCUCUUUGAAGAUGUUGUUAAAAGGCCAGAAAACAUUGGGACGGAUUUAUUAAUUCGUGGCUUGGACAAAUUCUUUAGAAAAUUACAAGCAAUGUCAGAAAUUAUUUCCACUGACACAGUAUGUGUAAAUGCGCAAGAAAUAGUCAUAAAAUGUAUCAAACACAAAGCAAUGGUUUUGCAACUCACAAUUCACACACAAUUUAAAGAAAAUCUCAUGAGAGUAAGACAGACAUUAGCCAGCAAGGGCACGGAAAAUGCAGACCUAAAGGACAUUUUAAAUUCUUUACAAGUGUAUUUGAUGCAGAAAGUUCAAGCUUCAUUGCUAGAUUUUAUGGCAUUUUUGCAGACAAACUUAUCUUUUGGGCUAAAAACAUGGUGUGCCAAAGCAGUGGCUGAUGCUUGUUGGACUGUGAUUUCUGAAACUAUGGUGAAUUUGUCUACCAUGGUAAAAAGUAUGUCUUGUUUGCAACCAUCAAAUAAUAUUCCAUUUGAAUUGUUACUAGUCUUAGCAAAGCUAUGUUUAGAAACCCAAGAAAAUGGAGUAACUACUUUGCAUAAUCAUCUAGUGAAGCUGUUAGAGGAAGCAGUUCCAGGAUUCAAAUUAGAAAAUAAAGACACUAAUUCAGUUAUCAUUCAUCUGUCAACAGCUGCCCAAUGUGCGUUAGAUUCCGAAGUUGUCUAUAUAGGUCAAACUGCUGCUCAGAUGCUACGCGUUUCAGUGCUAGCCAGAGACUGGCUUCGAGCUCCCGAGCCUCGAGGGCCGCGAGCCGUUUGUAGGAGAGUGGUGGAAACUCUUGCUAGUGCUGAUAGUGCUGCAGCUCAAUUAUUCCCAACGAGCAUGAAACCCUCGAGCGACUCAAGUCGCCGCACAAUAUGGUCAAGAGCUCCAUCGUCAUUUUCACCAUUAAACAGAAUAUUUUCCGAAAGAAUUGAAGUUUUCAGCCCCGCCUGUGCCGAUCGAGCCGCCCUAUCUAAUGGCGCUUUGAAGGUAGCUCUAAAAGCCUUAGUGGAGUGCGUCAGAUUACGCACUUUUAGUCGCCAUGGCUUACAACAACUGCAAGUUGAUGUGCAUUUUCUUCAGCAGAGACUGUCGUGCAUGGGCAAUGACGAGAGACUUUUAAACGCGUUACUCGAAGAUGCCCUAGCUUCUGCUCAACUUAGAUGUGUAGAUCCACAGUUAAUGGAAGCCAGUAUCGUGGAUAUUAUAUGCGAACGUGGAUAACUUACAAUACUUAAGUAAUAGAUAUA